GCUCGUUCCCGGCAUGGUGCUCUCUGAGCUGGCUGCGCGCCUCAACUGCGCCGAGUACAAGAACUGGGUGAAGGCGGGCCACUGCCUGCUACUGCUACGCGGCUGCUUGCAGGGCUUCGUCGGCCGCGAGGUGCUCGCCUUCCACCGCAGCGUGCUAGCCGCCGCCCCCGGCCUGGGCCCCCUCGCCACCUGCCGCAGCGGCUCGCGGUGCAGCCCGCGCGCCCGCCAGUUUCAGCCUCAGUGUCAGGUGUGCGCAGAGUGGAAACGGGAGAUUUUGAAACAUCACACCAGCAGAAAUGGAGACGUUCACUGGGGAAACUGCCGGCCGGUCCGCUGGCCGGUCGACGCCUGGGAGGUGGCCAAGGUAUACAACAUAAUGAUUCGAUAUUUAAUACUUUGUGAAAUGAUCACCACAGCCUUCAUGCCCCGAGGACUGGCAGACAAAACAGGACCCGAGGAAUGUGACGCGGUUGCUCUUCUAAGUCUCAUCAACUCCUGUGAUCACUUCGAGGUUGAUCGAAAGAAAGUCACAGAGGUGAUUAAGUGUCGUAACGAGAUCAUGCACUCUUCAGAGAUGAAAGUAUCUUCUGUGUGGCUUCGAGAUUUUCAGAUAAAGAUCCAAAAUUUUCUGAAUGAAUUUAAGAAUAUCCCAGAGAUUGUGGCGGUAUACUCCCGAAUAGAACAGCUGUUGACAUCUGACUGGGCUGUUUACAUCCCUGAGGAGGAUCAGCCAGAUGGGUGUGACUGUGAAACAGGAGUUUACCUGAGUGAGCACCAAGUAAACGAGAUAGAAAUGGAGUUACUAAAGGAAAAGCUUCAAGAGCUCUAUCUUCAAGCAAAGGGACAAGAGGUGUUGCCUGAAGAGAUCUUAAAUCAACUGGAAGUGGUGAAAGAAUUUCUGAGAAACAACGAGGAUCUUAGAAAUGGUCUUACAGAAGAUAUGCAGAAGCUAGACAGCCUCCACCAACAGCCUCAAAAACUGGAUUCGAAGGAACCUAGGGCACAGACACCUGAAGGGAAGGCCUGAAGUGAGUUUAAGCAUAUGAUGGUUGACCUUCAACAAAAAUCAGGCAUGUUCUGUGAAAGUCAGCCGGGUUUCCAUCUCAGCCGUCCUUUUCUGUGCAAAAGGGAAAACUUACCCAAGUACUCCGCUCAAACAAAAAGGAAUUUGUGUCAUCUUUUACUGGACUUUCCUUUAACUCUUUGGGAAUUUUUUUUUUUUUUUUACAUUCCUAAUCUUGGUGUUAUGUGAUCUGUACCAGCCAAAAAAUAUUAGAUACUCUUGUGCCAAA